AUGGUUUCAUACGACAAUCUUUUACAGCAAACGAAUGCCGCCUUCGACAGUGGCAAAACGUUAGAUUUGGCUUUUCGCAAGAAUCAACUUCGCGCUUUGCGUCGUUUGUAUCUCGAGCAAGAGGAAGAAAUGCUUAUCGCUUUAGCGCGCGAUUUGCAAAAACCGCGACACGAAGCCCAAUUGUGCGAAAUUAUAUUUUUAAAGAACGAAGUUAAUGAUUUGCUUCACAAUUUGGAAGAAUAUGCAGCAGCUGAUACGCCAUCGAAGCCAUUAGCAAAUAUUUUGGAUCAAUUGUACAUUUUCAAGGAUCCUUAUGGUAUUGUGUUAAUUAUGAGUCCAUGGAAUUAUCCUUUGGCAUUAUCGUUGAUUCCUCUUGGCGGCGCUAUUGCAGCGGGAAAUUGUGCAAUUAUCAAGCCAAGUGAACUUGCGCCUCACACGGCAAGCUUUAUUGCAAAAUAUGUACCAAAAUAUUUGGAUUCUGAAUGUUUUCACGUUGUUUGCGGAGGCGUUGAAGAAACUGCAGCUUUGUUACAACAAAAGUUUGAUUACAUUUUUUACACGGGUUCAACGCGUGUUGGACAAAUCAUUCAUCAAGCAGCUAAUAAACAUCUUACGCCAUGUACUUUGGAGUUGGGAGGAAAAAGCCCAUGUUUUUUAGGUGAAGAUGUAAAUCUCGAACGAGCGACAAAACGCAUUCUUUGGGGAAAGUUCAUGAAUGGCGGACAAACAUGCAUCGCUCCAGACUAUAUUUUGUGCAGUAAUGAGGUUCAAAAGAUUUUUUUGGAACAUGCGAAAAAUAUCUUGACUCAAUGGUAUGGUGAGUAUCCAAAAACAACUGCGGAUUUGUGUCGCAUUAUUAAUAAAUCUCAUUUCGAUCGACUUACGAGCUAUUUGAAAUCUGGCGAUGUCGUUAUCGGAGGAGGUUUUGAUCCUGUUGAACUUUUCAUUGAACCAACAGUUCUCGUUAACGUUAAACUCGACGACCCAAUCAUGAAUGAUGAGAUUUUUGGACCAAUAUUGCCGAUAGUUAAUGUACAAGAUGCGAUCGAGGCAGUGAAAUUCAUUCGAUCGAAACCGAAGCCCUUGGCAUUAUAUGUCUUUUCUGCAGAUUCGCAAGUACAAAAGUUGUUCAUUAAAAACGUUUCUGCCGGAGGGAUGUGUAUCAAUGAAACUAUUUUACAUUAUUCUGUCGAUACUUUACCUUUUGGCGGAGUUGGAUUGUCAGGAUUUGGCAGUUAUCAUGGCAAAGAAACGUUUGAUUCGAUGUGUCAUCGAAAGGCGUGUUUGAAAAAACGUUGCGAUUGGUUAAGUGAGGCUUUGGGAUCCUUUAGAUAUCCGCCGUUUUCGAAGAUAAAGACAACACUUUUGUUGGAGCUGCUGAAACACAGGGAUUUUCCGAAAUUUCUCAAAUAUUUGCCAUAUUUCGUCGUUUUUGCGAUGGGAAAUGCCAGUUGUUGGUUUUAUUAUUCAUACGCAAAUCAUAAAAAUAAUGUCAUGUCAGAGUAA